AUGACAACGUUUGACUUCUCGGAUGUAGAGGCGUUUUUGGAUUGCCACCCAGAUCUCUUCGAGCAGUAUCUCGUUCGAAAGGCAAAAUGUGAUCAAGUUAGCAGAUGGUUGAAAGAGCAUCAGCCGUCGAAACAAGUGUCCACAGCCGAGGAGAAGCGCGGCGCUGCCAGGGACCCGCUGUGGCCGACCAACUCAGACGGGCUCCGGCGCAGAUCGUCCCACAUGGAGCUGCGAAGGAACUUCGCCCGCUCCAAAGCCACCACCGCACACCGAACCUACGACGAGCAUGUGAGCCUGAGCGAACACGAGUCCCAGUCCAGCAUGAGGCGCCGUGCGCUCCUGCGUAAAGCCAGUUCCUUGCCUCCGACCACCGCGCACAUCCUGAGCGCCCUGCUGGAGUCCAGGGUCAACGUGCCCCAGUACGCGUCCAGCGCCAUCGACUACAAAUACAGACUUAAAGAAACCAACGAGAGGGAGUUUUUCUUGGAGUUAGUAAAGGAUAUCUCCAAUGAUUUGGACCUAACAAACCUCAGUUAUAAGAUCCUGAUCAAUGUGUGUAUUCUGGUGGAUGCAGACAGGUGUUCGCUUUUCCUUGUGGAGGGACCCGCACACAAAAGGACACUGGUGUCCAAAUUCUUUGAUGUGCACUCUGGCACCACUGUCAGACCAUCAUCCAGCACCCUGAACUCCAAUGAAGUGCAGGUGCCGUGGGGAAAGGGAAUCAUUGGAUAUGUGGCAGAGCAUGGGGAAACUGUAAACAUCCCAAACGCAUAUGAGGACCACCGCUUCAGUGAUGAGAUAGACAAGUUAACCGGCUACAAGACUCAGUCCAUCCUCUGUAUGGCCAUCUGUAACAGUGAUGGAGAAGUCAUAGGUGUUGUACAAGCAAUCAACAAAAAUCCCAUGGGCACCCCCUUUACCGAGGACGAUGAGAAGGUACUGCAGAUGUAUCUACCCUUCUGUGGAAUAUCAAUUUCCAAUGCCAAGUUGUUUUCGGAGUCUCGCAAGGAGUAUGAAAGGAGUAGGGCUCUGCUGGAGGUGGUCAACGACCUGUUUGAGGAGCAGACCGACUUGGAGAAGAUUGUUAGGAAGAUCAUGCAGCGAGCGCUGACGCUGCUGCAGUGUGAACGCUGCUCUGUGCUUCUACUUGAAGACAUUGACUCACCUGUGGUGAAGUUCUCCAAGACAUUUGAGCUCAUGUCUCACCUGUGCAACAUGGACCAUGACAUCAGCAUGGAGAAGCUAUCGUGUUCCGAUUGGCUAAUCAAUAACAGCAUUGCUGAGCUGGUGGCUUCCACAGGACUGCCUGUUAACAUCAGUGAUGUGUGUCAGGACCCACGCUUUGAUGCUGAGGCGGACCAGGCCUCUGGGUUCCACAUCAGAUCAGUUUUAUGUGUCCCUAUCUGGAAUCGAACUCACCAGAUAAUUGGGGUUGCACAAAUUCUGAACCGACUAGAUAGGAAGACGUUCAAUGAUGCAGAUCAGAGACUGUUUGAGGCAUUUGUGAUUUUCUGUGGACUGGGAAUAAACAAUACUAUGAUGUACAAUCAAGUUAAGAAGACAUGGGCCAAGCAGUCUGUAGCACUGGAUAUGUUGUCCUACCAUGCUACCUGUUCCAAGGUAGAAGUUGACAGACUCAAGGCAGCUAAGAUCCCCCUGAGCAACGAGUUAGGCAUUGAUGAGUUUUAUUUCAACGACUUCUCUUUGGACAAUGACGCCAUGAUUACAGCGUCACUCCGGAUGUUUCUGGAUCUUGGUGUUGUCCAAAAGUUUAAAAUUGACUACGAGGUUUUGUGCCGCUGGCUUUUGACUGUGAGGAAGAACUAUCGAACUGUGGCGUAUCACAACUGGAGACAUGCCUUCAAUGUGUCGCAGUGCAUGUUUGUUAUGAUCACAACAGCCAAAUUCCAGGAUGUCCUAUCAGAGGCUGAGAUACUGGCACUAAUGGUUGGCUGCCUGUGUCAUGACUUAGACCACCGAGGCACCAACAACGCAUUUCAAGCUAAGACCGGCUCUGCUCUGGCUUUGCUCUACGGGACGUCAGCAACCCUGGAGCAUCAUCACUUCAACCAUGCAGUCAUGAUCCUACAAAGUGAGGGUCACAAUAUCUUUGCAAACCUCUGCUCUAAAGAGUACAGCAACAUGAUGCAACUAUUGAAGCAGGCUAUUCUCUCCACAGACCUUACUUUGCACUUUGAGCGCAGAACCAAGUUCUUUGAGUGUGUUCUUUCUGGAGAAUUCAGCUGGACAGAUGAAGGACACAGAGAAGUUCUCAGGUCCAUGCUGAUGACAGGAUGCGAUCUGGGUGCGGUCACUCGCCCUUGGAAGAUAUCCAAACAGGUUGCAGAGCUGGUGACGAGUGAAUUCUUUGAACAAGGUGACAGAGAGAGGUCUGAGCUUAAGUUAACCCCAGCGGCCAUAUUUGACCGCAAUCGCAAAGAUGAACUACCUGCCUUACAGUUGGAGUGGAUAGAUGGCAUAUGUAAACCCCUUUACCAGGCAAUGCUGAAGCUCAACAGGAAGUUGCAGCCGAUGGUCGAUGGGAUAGAUGCCAAUCGAAAUAAAUGGCAGAAGCUCUGCUCAUCCUAUCAGGAGACACGCAGAUUCUCAGUGUCCAAUAAGAGUGGUGAAUCAGAUCAGAGUACUGAGUCCCAUGAAGACGCAGAAGAAAAUCAACAGCCAGAGACUCUAAAGCCAGUUGAAAACAACACUUCUGAGUCUAAGUCAAAGUGCUGUCAGAAUCCAAGGUGCAGUGUUAACAAAGAUUCAUGUGAUAAUUAAGCAGCGUCAGUUGGCAACAUGAGAUCUGCAGAAAAAAGUAAAUAAAGCUACACAUGUAUGGGUUUAUCCAUUAAGUUGCUCAUAUUGGACGCUUCCAAUGACCUGUGAUUUUCUAAACACAUGCAUUUCCACAAAGGAUUUUUUUCACUGUGUUAAACUCAGGAGCAUGGAUAAUACCAGUCUAACUAAAUUUCAAAGGUAACAAACAAGAAUCACUGUGAUUUCUUUCACAUAAAAACGCAAAUUGCCAUUAUGAAUGUAGACCGGAGCAUGAUCUUGUUCCUGAAUGUUAUUACUGUCUUACCUCAUUUGCAAAUCUUUGACUGCAUGGCAUUAUUUUUUUUAUAUUUGUUGGUUUACCAAGCCUUUGGCCGUCAACUUCUGUGAACAGCAUAUGUGUAUCAUGUAAGCCUUGUAUCUCUAGGUAAGGAAUUAGGCAGAAAAGGGUGAAAGACCAAAUGUUAGCGUAUUGAUUUUGUAAGGAAGGUUAAUGAUAAAAUCCUAAGUCCUCAGGCCAACCCACCCUAGCCAAUAUAGUUAAGAGAAUACUACAGACAAGACUUGCGGGACUGUCUGCUACUUCAGCACCACAGACAGCGUCAUGAACCUAUCAAUACACAGCACGGUUAGGCUACUAAUAUUUCCGAGCCAUUCUCGGGCCAUAGAUUCUUACAUUCACAAACCUUAUUCAGAUAAAGGAUCAAUGAGACUGACAUAUUCAACUAAACAACCCCUCUAUCCUUGCACUUUCUACUACUAGGGGCUGAAGAGGGGAAUGGAAUUGUAACUAGGGACAUGCAUUUUGGUCAUUUUUCUAAGUAAGGGGAUCUCCUCCCCAUUAAAAUUGCCUGAUGCCUGUAUGUCUAUAAUGCCUGAUCUACAUUAUGUUUACAAGGGCCCACAUGUAACUGUAACUGAUAGGCAAAUAAGUACAAUGUGUUACAGUAAACCCUCAGGAUGCUAGUGAUGACUCCACAUCUACAUUAACCUUUAACUGAGCCAAGUUUGGCUAGUUUUAUUGUUCUACAGUAUACAUAUGUAUUGCAAACAACAGCAUGAAAACCAUCUAUGAGUUUGUCUGACUCUGGAUAAGAAGGAACGAUUUCUCCAAAAACUUAACAAUGCCUUUAGAAGACUUCAGUAUUGUACAUUACUUAUAAAGGAAACGUUUUAAGGUUCUUACAAAGUAGAAUAUGUAUGUUUUCACUUGUUUCUAUUGUUUGAGAUUCAUCACCGUGUUUUGUAGUUCUGGGCAGCAUGCUGAUUAUGUUGAAACUGCAUGUAUCAUGUUUGAUGUUAAAACUGGACAUUAUCUUGAUGCCUCUGACUGCCCUAUGAGAUUUGCUUUGCAUGAAAUUACUGUAAAGGAAAUACUAAGUGUUGAUAUGUAAGCACAUUUUUUGCUGCACUAAUUGUUGUUGAGAACAGAUAAAAGUUCUAUUUUCAAUCCCAAACUCCACCAAAAUAAUACAUUAAUUAUAUAUUUCAUACAUCUAUAUUUAUGCAAGAUGUAGAAUUGGUAUAUGCUCCUGGUAUUUAUAAACUGUUGACCAAAACGGAAUUAUUAGAGAAGACAAGAAGAGAAGAAAGUGCUACAUUUAUGAUAAAGGAGUAAAUCAACCUUCAGCUGGUUUUGUGAAUAAAUAAAUACAUUUGUGAUUUAUAUAUUAUGGCUAUUGUUCACAAUUACUGGAAUUGCAAACAGUGAAUUAUAGGAACGUUUACUGACAAAACUGUGAGACUAAACUACUAUAAAAGGGAGGCAAUAACAACAGACGUAUGAUUGUGAACUAGACUAGAACACAAAAUGGUGUGAAUACAAUGUACCUGUCACAAAGUGAUUGACAAAACAAACACAAUGUAAAUAUGAAAAUAACACAUUUAGGCUACAAAAUACAAAGUGCAUUUACAUGUUGUAAGCAGAGGGCCAAGGCCAAGGGUGCAUUCAGCCGGUGCUGGCAACCUGAAACAGCAAAAAGUGCAGGGAUAGAGGAGUUGGUAAAAAA